AUUUUACAAGAAACAAACGAGUAAUAGUUUCUCCCUCACCUUACUCAUUUUGUGCGGUAGACUUGGCGGGAAAGGCGAGAUAAGAGUGUCUCUGCUUGCGGGGGAGAGAGAGAGAGAGAGAGAGAGAUGGCGAACAGUCUAAUAAAGGAGAUGGGUCUCCCCAAGUCAAUUACCAACAUAUUCGCUGCUCGUAACAUCCUGACUGCGAAGGAUGCUUUAUCUUUGACUGAAUUUGAGCUGAUGGAGUUGUUGGAUGUGGGGUUGGCAGAAGUAACAACUGCAGUUGCACGCAUCAGUGAAAUUGCUUGUCCACCAUAUCAAACCGCACUGUUUUUAAUGCAACAAAGGGUUCAAAAUGCAUACUUGGCUGGCCAUCUUCCUACGUGUCUGAAUGGAUUGGAUAAGGCCUUGUGUGGCGGAAUACCAUUUGGUGUUCUAACAGAGUUGGUUGGUCCAGCCGGAAUUGGCAAAACACAAUUUUGCUUGAAGCUCUCAUUAUUAGCUUCACUGCCAGCGAGAUAUGGUGGCUUAGAUGGCCGCAUAAUCUAUAUUGAUGUGGAAUCUAAAUUCUGUUCAAGAAGGAUUAUAGAAAUUGGAGCUAAAAGUUUCCCAGAAAUAUUUCACAUGGAGGGACUAGCACAGGAGAUGGCUGGGAGGAUCUUAGUUUUGCAACCAGCAUCACUUUCUGAAUUCACAGAGAGCUUGCAACAAAUCAAGGUUUCAAUUAUCCAGAAACAAGUGAAGUUGCUUGUCAUUGAUAGCAUGGCUGCUCUUGUUUCAGAGGAACAUGAGCCGGGGGGUUCUAGACAACACUCAUUGGGUUGGCAUAUUUCUUUUAUUAAGUCCCUGGCUGAAUUUUCACAAAUUCCUGUUGUGGUGACAAACCAAGUGAGAUCCCAAAUCUCUAAUGAGUCUUGCCAGUAUUCUUUCCAAGGACAGAGCAGGGGUGACCGGGCAGAGAAAUCUGAGAGGUUGAAUUCUCAUCUGGUUGCUGCUCUGGGGAUCAACUGGGCUCAUGCUGUGACCACUCGUCUUGUGUUUGAAUCUAAAUCAGGCCAGAGGUUCAUCAAGGUAGCAAAAUCUCCAAUAUCUCCACCUCUGUCAUUCCCCUUCAUUAUAACUUCAUCUGGGAUUUCAUUACAAGAUGAUGAUGGAAUAGAAAUGAUAGGACCGGAGAUUAGCACUAUUCACUGUCAAGGCCACAAUGACAUCAUUAAUUUUAACGGGGGAAGCUUGUGUUGAUCAAUGAUGUUGGGAGCCUUAUCAAUCAAUGUAGGUAUGAUAAAGUGAUUGUAUACUGUGAUAGUUCAUCUCAUAUUUGAACUGUCUAUGUUAUCCUUUACUGGUAAGGGAGAGCUCAUCAUGUACUCAAAAACUUUAAAUGUUCCUUUUUGCGCAAAUGUACUUUAAAACCCAGUUCAUCCUCUCACUCCACACCGUUUUAAAUUUAUUCCAUACUCUAUUUUUUUC